UGUGAUUCUGUUUUUCUUCUGUUUCUGCUUCACUGAAGGCUAUGCCAUGAAAGUCUAAAUAUGGGCGGGAGCCAGUACCUUACAAACAGCUUGACCCUGAGCCCAUCACAGACCGUCAGGUCCUGUCCGUAACCCCGGUGAGAGCCAUCAGGCCCCGGCUCGGCCGUGCGUGCCCAGAGAGACAGCGUGCAGCUGUGGAGAAGCCGGAGCACGUGGGGAGCGGGCACGGUGGGGGGACGGACCUCCCCACGGGGAAAGCACCCGCUGCCCUCUGCAGGACUGCAGUCGGGGAGCGCUCAUCCACGUCAGAAAUCGUCCUUGGAGACAGCCCUGAGCUCGUGAGGAGGCCCUGAUGUGCUAACGUGCACUCUCAUCGAGCUGUGGACAUAGACCAAAGCCACAAGAAGGAGCGUCCGUAGCCGCCUCAGGCCCCUGCGGAGAGCAGACAGAGGGGCCUGGGAGGGCGCUCACGCUUCUAGUUCCCAACCCGGAUGCCUCCACCCUCUGUCAAACUGGAUUCCUCCUUCGCGGAGAAAGCCUCUCCAGGGACAGUCCCCAACCCGGUCCUCAUGCUGCUGGCGCUUGUGCUGCUGAUGUGCGAGGUUGGAGUUGUCCAAGGCUGGUGCCAGACCUCACGCUCCACCCAUGUGCACGUCCCCGCCCGGUUCAGACACUUCCUGCGCCGCUUUGACCUUCAGCUCAAGCUUAUGUCCCCAGCUCUGGCCUCUCCUCCGAGCGCCGUGCAUGCGCUCCGCAGCCAGUCAGCUGUUACACUCCACGUGGCCAAACGCAUGUCCUGAUCUCCCGUGAGUUCCCCCAACUUACCCAGGUGACCAUGCCGUGCUCCACUCUUCCAGUGGCUGCGACCAAGACUCUAGGACUUACACUCAUCCCUCUCUCUCCUCGACACUUGACCUCCCAUCCAUAACUGCCCCCUGCGAACCAGCCAGUGAAGGUGAGUCGGGCCUCCCUUUCCUCUUCGUGGCCCAAUCCGUGCGGCAGGCCCACGGGGGUGCUGGCUGCCCUCCGGUGACAGCCGCUGAGGUCUACCACGGCAGCGGCUCCCUGGGGACCAGGCUGCUUGUGUUCAGGUCAGUUUCUGCACCUGACACGUGGCCGCUCAGUUUGGGGGAGCGGGUCUUCUUGAAACCAUAGCCCUUUCUGUGGGGAGUGGCAGCUCGGGAAGGGAGAGGCUGUUCCACCGGAAGCCACAGAGUGUGGGAGACGGACGUUAGAAGACUCGUCGUCCUCCCAGACUCGGGGCUGGCAAAGCCCUCGUGUCUUCCCCAUGAGGUGCUCCCCCAGGAGCGAUGGAGGAGACGCCGCCAUCACACAUCCAUGGAGAACGUGACAGUCGGUCCCCGGGACCACAGGAAAGCCAAGUAGCUCUCUGUCCCCCUCCCAUUUCCAGCCCUGCUCUGUGGCCACAGCUGUUGCCCAUGCGGCUUCUCUCUCACUCUGGUUGGCACAAACCCAUCACUCCGACGCUCAUUCGAGGUCUUGCUUCCACCAGAUGAAGAGUGGAGGAAGCUUUCUCCCAGAAGGGAUCUUCCACUGAAGCGCAUUUCAACCCAGGAUACAUCAGAAUCGCUGCCUUACACAGAAAAUACUACCUGCAGGGCUCGAAGAAGCUUCCUGCCCCGCCAAGAACACAGGCCAUGCACACAGCCGGGGAGCACGGCUUUGCACAAAUACUGGGGACCAGUCCAGGCUUCUGGGAUGCUCUCCCAAAGUUUGUCCAAGUGGAACUCAGGCUGUGGGUUAAUACUGACACACUCUGUGCCUGAUCCUGCUUCUACCCCUUGAGCGCCCAGUCUGAGCCCAAGCACUGAUCCAAAUCCACAUCCAGCAGAAACAAAGCUUCCACUACCAGCGACUUGCCAGGUCUGCCUGGGAGUCUGAGAACUCUCUGAAACAAGCUCGGAGCUACAAGACCGAGCUCCAGGCCUUGCAAACUGCCCUGUCUGGUGUCCCCUCCACGCCAUCAGCCCCAUUCGGAAGAGUGGGGAAUGGGGGCUUGGACACCUUUUUUAUUCCUUUCUCUGUCCUCAGUCCUCUGGGGAUUGCAGGAUUCCCAGGAGAAAAGACCACCCCUGCCAGGAAUUCCAGGCCCCGGAGCAAACCUUCUGGUACUAACCCUGGACUAGAGUUUACAAAGUCCCAGGGUAAAGCAUCCCAGGAGCAAGGCUUGAGGCUGACAGGUGUGGCGGCAGCAGCCCCCUCUCGGGAUCCAGAACAUGCGGCAUUUUUAUCGGAGCAGAGGCUCUGAUGCUGGGUAAACAAAUACUUCGAGAGCUGCUGUCCUCCAGGAUCUGCUGUCCUCCAGGAUCUGCCAGGCAGACGGAGAGGAGGGGAGGCAGGACCCAGCUUUGCCCAUCUGUAGUGCAUUCAUAGAAGAGCCCCCCCUGGCUGAAAAGGGAGACAUCCCUGGGGCUCAGGGUAUGGAAUGAAACUGCCCCUGACAGCCGUGGUUCACACGAGAUUUGCACAGAGUCGCAGAGCAGGGGAGCUGCGCGUGUGCGAGUGGCAUUUUCAGGCAAGCGUACACCUGUUCCUUCCGUUGGGAGCAGCAGUAACGGGCAGGAGAGGUUCAGUAAAGAAAGCAUUAAAUUCCUCUAAUCUUUCCCCGACUGGCCGAUCGUCCCAUGUCACAUUCUGUCCUUGAAAGACAGUGUGUGGCUCUGGGAUGCCGGGGGAGUGAGCGGAAGAAGAUAACCGACAUGGUUUAUGACAGGAAUGAAUGAAACACUCUCGCUUUUCCUGAAACGUCAGGCUUCACCCUCUCUGGUAACAGUGGUCGGCGCCCGGCCCUGUAUCCAGAAAAGGUGUUUUUAGUUUGUGGACAGAGAUGUCAAAGAGUGGAAACCAAGCGGGAGGUAGAGGUUGCCUUGUGGGGGGCGGAGACAUGGCACAGGGUCAGGCCGGGCUGGAGUGGGGGGCCGUCUCUGCACCCAGUUCGCCUUGUUCCAAACACUGAGAGCCCCGUGUGCCUCUGACGGGAGCUCUGGAACCCAUUGCCCGGGGAUUUGUCUUUCGUCCCUCUCUCUAGCAUUGCUUCUGAUAGCCAGGCCCUCUCGGCCCAAAGAGGGGGGCUCGAUGACCCUGACCUGUGAGAUGCAGGCCACUUCUCAGAAGCUGGGUGCCCCAGUCCAGUUCUGCUUCUUCAGAGAGAGUCAGGCCCUGGGGCAGGGCUGCAGUCACUCCCCAGAGCUCCAGCUCCCCACCGUGUGGAGGAAAGACUCGGGCUCCUACUGGUGUAAAGCAAAGACCUUGGCGAUCAGAGUCACUUGGAGCCCCAGGAUCCAGAUACAAGUGCAAGGAGUCCCCGUCUGGAAUGUGAGCUUGGAGACACAGCCUCCAGGGGGACAAGUGCAGAAGGGAAAGAAGCUGGUUCUCAUCUGCUUGGCCACCCAGGGCACAGGAGACAUCACCUUCUCCUGGUACAAAGGGGUCCUGGGUUUGAUUCUGGAAACAAAGACCCAGCGCUCACUCACCGCCAAGUUCGAGAUCCCGGCGGUGACCGACAGUGACGCAGAGAACUACUUCUGCACGGCCGACAAUGGCUACCACCCCAGCAUCAGCGAGCUGGUCAGCGUCACUGUCAGAAGUCCAGUGUCCCCCCCCGUCCUCACCCUCAGGGCGCCCGGGGCCCAGGCCUUCCCUGGGGACGUGGUGGAGCUUCGCUGUGAGGCCCAGAGCGGCUCUCCCCCGAUUCGGUACCGGUUUUACCAUGAGGACAUCAUCCUGGGGAGCAACUCGACCCUGUCUGGAGGAGGAGCCUCCUUCAACCUCUCUCUGACCACAGAACAUUCUGGAAACUACUCCUGUGAGGCCGACAACGGCCUGGGGGCCCAGCGCAGCGAGGCGGUGAUGCUCAGCGUCACAGUGCCUGUGGAGGACAGAAAGGAACUUCUCGCCUCAGGAGUCCUGGAGGGGCUGCUUGGCACCCUUGGUCCCACUGUUAUGGCCUUAUCACUCUGCUGUUGGCUCAAGAAAAGAAUGGGGAGACGAGAGGCUGAGGACCCGGGCAGGAUCCCUCCCAGCCCCGUGCCACAGGUGCCCAACUACAUCAACUCAGCGGUCCCACUGCAGGAACAGUUUGUAUACGAGAAUGUGAAUGUCGUAAGCGGAGACGAGGUCUACUCUUUGGUGUACCACAGGCAGCAAGAGCGGCAAGCAGCAGUAGACCCCCAAAGGACACCUACCUCAGGCCAGAAUGCCUCAGCCAUCUAUUUUAAGCUGAAGAAGGCAAGCCCUGCAGAUGUGGACUAUGAAGACGCCAUGUAAAGUCCUGGAAGAUUCUGCUCUUUGGAAACCAUCCAUGAGCCCAAGCCUCAGGACUGAUAUGUUCUUCAGAGAUCCUGGGGUAGUCAGCUUUCCAGGACUUCUCAUCUAGGUGCUUCCCCCCCCACCCCCCAGAGACUAUUCCUGCAUCAGGCUAAAAGCCCUGAAGAAACCAUCCAAAAGACCCAACAUGAAUGCAGGGGUGGCCAUACUCCUGCUCGUUCUUUUAGGCACAGGCCAAAUUGUGCUCUAAUUUCAUUCUAUAAGAGGAAACAGGGUGGGUGACCUUGGGGUGGAGGGACAGUGAAGCUUGCUCGGAGUGCGUGGACAUGGGGUUAACGAUUCUGCAGGCAGCUGUGCAGAGGUGAGCGCCCAUCCUCUUGUCCAAGUGCAGAUGCUCUCUGUGCUGGACUCCAGAACAACCCUGACACAUACGUGACUCUUCCUGUUUCUGCAUGAAAUAUGUGACUCGGUGCACUUGGAAUCACUAUAUCAUUAUCCAGAGUGACUAUGGGUACAUUCAAUUUCAGUGACAUGUUUUAUAUGCACAGACUCAUCUAGAUGCCCCCAUAUUUAUCAUGACAUACAAUCUUUGUGUCACCACACACAAAGUUCUGUAUUUGCUGCACCUCUAGAAGCUUACGAAUAUAGUUUUUCUUCUUUUAUUCACGAACUUCAAAAAAAUAUGACAAUACAAUUUGGAGUCCAUGUUUUCAUCUUAAAACAAUUAAUUAUACACUAACUCUUACAAAUUAAAACAAUUUAGACGUAUAUAAUAUAAAAUGUUGGAGCCUUCCCUAUAUCUAACACCACAAGUGGUACCCCUGUGUUUAAUAACUGAGCAUUGAUGGGCCGCCUGGGUGGCUCAGUUGUUAAGCGUCUGCCUUCAACUUGGGUUGUGAUCCCAGGGGCCUGGGAUUGAGACCUGCCUGGGUCUCCCUGCUUGGUGGAAAGCCUGUUUCUCCCUCUCUCACUCCCCCUGCUUGUGUUCUCUUUCUCGCUGUGUCUUUCUCUGUCAAAUAAAUAAAUAAAAUAUUAACAAAUAAACAAAAACCAGCAUUGUUAAUUAAACACUAUCAUAAUAUAUUUUAAUCUUUUCUUUUUUUUUUUACUAUUAUUAAGGAGUCUUUUAUUUUUAAUAAAGCUGUAGUAAAAACCAUAAGUAAGCCCUCAGAAUCCUUUUCAAUCACUGAUGCAGGUUAGGUAGAUUCCAAAAGUUUUCCAUUAUUAAAAAAAUACUAAAAUAAAUGUCCUCACACAAAUGUAUUUCUGCAUUCCCACUAAUCCAUCUGAAGGAAUAAUCUGUAAAACAGGGACUCGGACAUUUUAGGUCAUGCACACUCUGUGUUUGUGCUGAAUACUCUUGAACCAGGGAACACAGAACCAACGACACGUAGAGCACCGUCUGUGAGAAAAAGGUGUCAUUGCUAUUUCAAUUAAAAAUGUUACAAUGACUCAUGCAACUGAGCAUUUUUCCCGUAAAUUGACUGUUCAUUUGUAGCUCUUCCCCGUUUCCUGUGCUGGCCCUUUGUGCAUUUUCUCAGUGUUCAUUCAACUCCUUCUUACAGCUUUUGGAGGACCUACUUAUAACUUAUACCCAGUGAGGUGUGCAUAGUUUAGGUGUUCAGUUCCACUGGUCCGACAAAUACACACCCACAUAACCCAAACUCUUGUUGGGAUGUAAAAUUUCUCCCUCAUUCCAGAAACUUCCCUCACAUUCCCUCCCUGUGAUUCUGUUCUAAAAAUGUUCUUGCACGUUCUUACAAUGCCCUCAUGAUCUGGGUGUAUAUUCACACAGGAUAUCAUAUGUACGUUUGGUGUGAGGUAAGAAUCUGACUUCUCCUGUUUUGGAAUUUUAUAUUUAUAUUAUGACUUUACUUUUUGGAAUAAAAAAAUUUAUGUGAGAUAGA